GUCUAGAAAAACAAAAUGGCGGAAGAAGGAGACCACGAACCUGUGACAGAAAAUCCCGAGGAAUCAGAAGAAAAAAUCGAAUAUCCUCUAAUAGUUCAAUACUGUGGAGGUAAAAAGUUUUUCGCGUGUUGCAUAUAAUUCAAACGUAUUUAGCACUAAAAUACUUUUGCUGUUUUUUGUUUUGUUAAUUUGCCACUGAUCGUGGACUGGUUCGAUGAUUGUCUCCUCAUCCAGUUUGUAGCCUGCCCCUUGAGGUAAGGUUUUAUGAGGAUGCUGUUUUCUUAGUUUCCUAAAUCAGUUACUUUCUCUAGCUCUGUAUGUAAUGUUCCUUUUUUUUAAGGUUGGUAUCUUGGUGUUACAAAUACACUUCACACUGAUGAUGGCGCAAUUUAAAAUUCACCUCGCUCAGUGUUGAGACUAUUGCAAUUACUAUUUCAACUAUGAGAACUCUAUUGGGAUGGUUGAAAUGACUUUAAUACUCACCCCUAUAGUAUGCAUUAUGUUACAGGUCACAUUUGAUUUCAAGUAAAUUUUGAUUUAACCUAGGUUGAUUCUAAAUUUCCAAUGUCUCCUAGCCAUAGAAGACAAAGGAAAGGGUAAAACAAUUCACCUGAAAUCAAUAGGAAUAUUGUGAAUUAUAUGAAAUCUCACUUUAAUCUUCAUGAUGAGAAAAAGGUUUGGGAAGAAGUUGUUGCUCAUUAGCAACCACAGUAAUGAAAUAUUGGGGACAGUUUAUCCCUUUUGUUUUAAAUAUCCAAGUAGUAUUUGUGAGAUUUCCAAACAUUUUUACUCAUCACACUGACACUAGAGUCAUAUUUGUCUUUGUUAGUACUGUGAGUACACUGCAGAAUAUGAGAAGUGUAAGGAAUGGCUCAAGUCAAAUAUCCCUGAUGCUUAUGAAGUUCUUAUAAACCAAGGUAAUUUAUUGAACAAACUUCGGUUUAAUUUGUUUGAAAAUUACCCGUGACAUAGUAAUCAUCUUUGAGAAGUUUGGAGAGCACUCAAGAAGCACUUCUUGAGUGCAAUUAAUUAAUAUAAUAUAUGUCUUUUUGUGUAAUUCACAGUCUUGUUAUUGUAGGGGAGAUUUUCCUGCCUUGGGUUGUUCGGUUAUAACAAAAGUGCAUAAUGUUUUGCUAUUACUUUAUAAUUAACUUGUUUUCAAAAGGCCAAACAAAGUUUAAAAACGGAGGCUGAGCACUUUAUGCAAAUUGGAUAUCCCUCGACACAGACCAAUUUGUGGUCUUUUCCCAGCUGAAUGUCAGUCUUAAUACGAGACUUUUCAAUGACUUGAGGGCUCUGACUAAUUUGCGAAACAUCUUCACCACUUUUCCUGUUGUUUUAAUUGAGUGGCUAGAAGCUGAAUUCCAAAAAUGCUAGAAAGUUGUUCCUCAUUAUUGGAGACUUGUUGAGAAAAAGAGACGAAAAUCCAAGUUUCCUGGAAAAAACUGUACACGUCAUCUUAUUUACACAUGGGCAUGUGUAAAUAAAGGUUUUUUUCAUUGCGACUCAAUAGUAGUUAAUAAAGGGCAAGCAUGCACGCUAUGUUAUAAAUGUCUUCUGUUAUUGUUAGCUGCUGAACAGUUAGCUGAAGUGGAUGUCAGUGAAGGUGCAGCAAAAAAGAAGCAGACAAGAGGUAAUUUUAACAGUUGAACCUCCAUGUGUGACCACCUCUUGUAAGCGACCAGCUCCCAUAAUGGCCACUUAUUUAAAACACCAAAAUUUUCCCCGUCAAAGCCCUACUGUUAGAACCUCUCGUGAAUGACCACCUCUAAUAAGCAACUGCACCCACUUUUUGGCCUGAUGGUUUUGUAGUUUUCCAUUGUUUUUAACCUCUUUUAAGCAACCACUUGAUGCAUGGUGUGCUCUCUUUGUUUACUGUAUGUACUACAAAGAACUUUCAGUAACAAGAUGGAACUGCACUUAUACUUAACUUAGAAAUUGAAUGAAUUUAAUUCUCUGCCACAAAAUUGAUGUGUUAGGACAUUUUCUGGGAAGAGAUCCCCUGUGGUUUGAUUCUCAUGAGCCACUACAUGUGCUUCCUGUAAGCAACCAUAAAAUUGUCCCAGUUUUGGUGGUCAUUUACGGAAGGUUUGACUGCACUUUCAUAUCUCGAGUGCCUCAUUAUCAUAUAUGACGUAGUAUUAGUAUGUAAGAACUUUUUAGACCAUAGACCAACUCCAUACUGUACUUAUUCAAAUGAAAAAUUUGUUGCAGCACUUUGUUGUUGCUUGUGGCUGUCUUGGAAGUGCAUAAGGUGUUUAUAACCCUCUUAAUAAGAAUUUAAUGAUUAAAAGAAAAGUAGGAAGAUUCAAUUCCCUGAUUUUAUCGAUAAGUUUCAAGCUACCCUGUUUCAAAAGUAGCUCAGUUGCUAGAGUGCUUGUCUGUAGAACAUGAAGUUGCAGCUGGUUCAAUUUUUGGGAUAUAACCAACACUUGCAUGUAUACUUAUUUUCUUAAAAGAAGCGACAAAGUAUUACAUUUCCCCUGCAAAUGGCCAGAGCUUUGGGUAGUUCAGAUGAUGUAUAAAUGGCAGGCUGUGUCAGUAAGAGACAUACAGUCAUGUAAGAGUUGGUGUCCUUAAUAUGGUACUUGCAUGAUAAUUACAUUCAUGUGACACUUAAAUAAAGUAGGUUUCUGAUUAAGAAAGCCCUCAUAACUGUAAGUCAAAUAAUGUGGUAUACAUUGUUGGAUAGUACUGUGUGUAAACACAUACUUGUUUCAUGUUUCCUGCUUUAUUCCUAGGUGGAAAGGGAGUUGUGAGAGCUCCAAAGAAAAAGGUGAUUUAAAACUAUUGAAUAUUGUUUUGUAACAAUCUUAAGCUUGGUAUAUUNAUAAGUUUCAAGCUACCCUGUUUCAAAAGUAGCUCAGUUGCUAGAGUGCUUGUCUGUAGAACAUGAAGUUGCAGCUGGUUCAAUUUUUGGGAUAUAACCAACACUUGCAUGUAUACUUAUUUUCUUAAAAGAAGCGACAAAGUAUUACAUUUCCCCUGCAAAUGGCCAGAGCUUUGGGUAGUUCAGAUGAUGUAUAAAUGGCAGGCUGUGUCAGUAAGAGACAUACAGUCAUGUAAGAGUUGGUGUCCUUAAUAUGGUACUUGCAUGAUAAUUACAUUCAUGUGACACUUAAAUAAAGUAGGUUUCUGAUUAAGAAAGCCCUCAUAACUGUAAGUCAAAUAAUGUGGUAUACAUUGUUGGAUAGUACUGUGUGUAAACACAUACUUGUUUCAUGUUUCCUGCUUUAUUCCUAGGUGGAAAGGGAGUUGUGAGAGCUCCAAAGAAAAAGGUGAUUUAAAACUAUUGAAUAUUGUUUUGUAACAAUCUUAAGCUUGGUAUAUUUUUUACAUUUCAAUAGACUACUCAUUGGGCAGUGUGUAGGAGACCAGGUGACUCAUCCCUGGUCAUCUCCAUAUUUUGGAUGAGGGAAUCACACAAGAGGAGCAGAACAUGAGAAUCUUGAAUAUUAAUAGGAGACUGAGAAUAAAUUGGGAACAAGUCAGGUGGACAGGUCCAAUGCAUUUUCAUGUUUAAUUUUAGAGGUCACAUAAGGGUUGGCAGAGUCAUAGUGUCUUACCACCGGUACUGAUCUUUUUUUUUUUUUUUUGCUGCUUUACACUUAUGAGCCCAAAGCUGCAUUACCAUUGAGCAGCAGGUGACCUUUUCUUAUGUCUGUGAAAAUACAAUGAACCAGGUUUGCCUUUCUAAUACAUAGUGUCAACUUGGAACAUAUAUCCUGCAUCAACAGACACUUUUGCUUCCUGGAUGUUGUAGAAAUAGAAUGUUGUAUCUGCUGCCUGUUCAGCUGUGUCUGAGGGGAGGACAAGAUGCAACUUGGCUAUUAAUAGCAAUUAAGGCAUGUUUUCACUAGUGAUUUGUUUAUGUUGACUUUGUCAUUGUUCUUAAUUAAGAAUGUGACCAAGAAAGUUGUACUUUCAAGAGCACAAAGAAACAAAAAGAAGUAUGUGACUGUUGUGACUGGAUUAGGUACAUUUGGUAAGUGAAAAUUGUAUUAACUUGUUUGGUUGUUUUUUAAAGCACACUGGAUGGAGUCGCUACUAGUUGCUGGAUCAGAAGAUGUUGGGUUUAAAAUUUUCUUAAUCCUCUAUUAACCAUUUUUAAAAACAUUAUACAGGCCUUGACUCUUAUCAUGAGGUUUAAUGGUUUUUGCCUGGUCUUGGCUACCACUGUAAGGUUUUUUUACACACAAACAUGUCGCCCCACAACUGCAAAAUUUGUCUCCACCCUGGUGUAUGAUUAGGUAGUUUUAACAGAGGCUGGAAGUAGAUUUUAUUACUCUGUAAAUUAAUAAUUAUGAUGGACUGGAAUUUCAACCAAUAAUAAUAAUAUGGUAAUAAUUAUCUGUGUAGUAACUUCAUGUACAGCUGCUUUGUGUGCCCUUUGUCUUAGCAUAUUUUCACAUAUUGUUUGGUUACAUGUACAGGUAAGAUCAUGGUGUCAGAAAAAAGUUCAUCCUGAGGGAAUUUUAAACUAUUGUAACGGGGUAUUGUCCCUGGAAAAUUUACAUAAUUAUCCUCUGUUGUAUUUGCUACUUAUUAGUCGAAUAUAUAUGUAGCUCCCAAUACAUUAAUGACUCAGUCAUUUUAAUGAGUAAUCAGUUAAUUAUCAAUCAAUCAUUUUUCAGUUAUCCAGGGAUUCACAAAGUAACUCAAUAAAUAAGUACGCCUGUGAGUGAGAAAAGUAACUCAUCAAGAAACAUUUGCAUCUUUAAAAGUUCUAAGCUGUUAUGUGCAAACGUUUUUUAGAUAUUGACUGCAAGAAGGCUGCCAAGGCCUUUGCUCAAAAAUACUCCUGUGGAUCAUCAGUGACAGGCCCUGAUGAAAUUGUCAUCCAGGGAGAUGUCUUAGACGAUCUUCUGGAUUUUAUUCCUGAAAAGUGGCCAGAGGUGAUUAUUUUAGUCCAUUAUUCAUUUUUAUUUUCCCUAUAUUUUCAUAACCAAUUAUUUGUGUUGUAACAACAAAACAGUAUGAAGAAAUUUCUCUCAAUAUUUCUUUCAAGAGAAGAAAAUUUAAGAAGCCUUCAAAUAAAAGCUCCCAUGUAGAUUGGGGCAGGGAAGCGUGGAGGACGCAUGCAAUAAUUAAUAAGGAAAACAUCCUGGGCGAUUUCCCCAUAAAGGCUUAUACAGGGAGGAUCUGCCUGAAGGGGGUACCUUUUUCAGGCUAAAGGAUAGGGACUCACAAGUUGAAGUAUAUGAAAGGGUAGGAAAAUCGUUUAAGUAUUUAAAAGGUCUUUUAUUUAAAAUGCUUCAAAAAGACGUGCCUUGCUAUACUUAGCAUUUUAAUUUAUUAAAAUGUUGCACAAAAAUGACAGAGGGAGUUUCUGUUUUAGGCCUUUAUACUUAUUCAUAGGUAUGUUUAAAGGGGUACCAGUACCAUUUUUCAGUGGAAGGUAUACAAAUUAAAAGGGGUACUGUUCUGCCAAAAAUGGUGCAUAAAAGGGUGAAGGGUUGGACCUCUGGGCGGAGCCUUCCCGUAUAGAACUUUGGUUUAGCAGCCCCUCUCCCACCUCCCUCCCCUUCCUCCCCCCACCCCACUAUAUAAUUUUCUUCUGAACAAGUGUGAUGACCUAUCUAGUCAGCACAUAGCUCAUAACCAUGGUGACAAAAAAAAAACAACCUCUUUGAUUUACCAAAUGUUUUUUACUCCAAGCUAGGAACAGUGCUUUUGAGGAGUCGUAAUCAGAAGCGUUAGAGUAUUAUGAUCUAGUGAAACAGCGUUCUGAUUCCCCUUAUGACUCCGUCGCUUACCGUUUAGUGAAACUAGGGUUGUCGGAGUUGCAAGCAGAAGCGGAAGAACUAAACCAAUCACAAAUCGUGGGAACAAGCAUUGUGAUUGGUUUAUCCUCGCGCUCCUACUUCCGACUUCCGACUCCAACAAUCUGGUUUUCACAAGAUCAUAAGCGAAGGAGUCAUAAGCGGAUUCGGAAUGAAAACGGAAACUUUCGGAUUCUUCCGACUCCAAUUCUGUGGCGCUUAUCGCUCCGCUUACGACUCCGAUUUUUGAUUUUGACAAAGUCUUAAGCGCUCUUACGAGUCCUACUCCGACUUCGCGGCUGUCAGCUUUAUAACCUUUUUUUUUCCUUAUCCACUUCUCUACUGAUCCUUUUCUAAUGUUUUAUAUCAAGCUUUACAAUUUACAGUUUACUGGUCGUAAUAUUUGUUAAAACUCUUGCCUUACACUGUUAAAAAAUAUUUUGAUGUUUUUUUGUAACUUUAGAUUGAUGAUGACAGCAUAGAAGAUCUCGGAGACCAGAAAAGAUAAUACAGAAUUUCACCGAAAAACUGUUGUGUAAUAAAUGUAUUUGUAUUAUAAACAAGCCAUUAAUAAAUCGAAGUCAAACUUUCUAU